CGUGACCACGGAGCCGCUGUCCCUGGGGCGGCCGGCCCGGAACCGCCCGAUGAGAUGGAAUCACUGAAUUCAUCACUUGACUCAGUAAUAAUUUGGAUAAAUUUAGCAAGAUCUCUUCUCUCAAGGGAUGGUGAAGUUGGAAAAAGGCUCCUUUAAUCCUCCUCCAGGAUGAACCCCCUGCCACAAGACAUGGAGAACGCUCUCACAGGGAGCCAGAGCUCUCACACUUCUUUGCGCAACGUCCAUUCCAUCAACCCUACACAACUCAUGGCCAGAAUUGAAGCCUAUGAAGGAAGAGAAAAGAAAGGCAUAUCUGAUGUCAGGAGGACUUUCUGUCUGUUUGUCACCUUUGACCUCUUAUUUGUAACAUUACUGUGGAUAAUAGAGUUAAAUGUGAACGGAGGCAUUGAGAACACGUUAGAGAAGGAGGUGGUGCGAUAUGACUACUACUCUUCUUAUUUUGAUAUAUUCCUCUUGGCAGUUUUUCGAUUUAAAGUGUUAAUACUUGCAUAUGCUGUAUGCAGACUGCGCCACUGGUGGGCAAUAGCGUUGACGACAGCAGUGACUAGUGCCUUUUUACUAGCAAAAGUGAUCCUCUCAAAGCUUUUCUCUCAAGGGGCUUUUGGCUAUGUGCUGCCUAUCGUUUCAUUCAUCCUUGCCUGGAUUGAGACAUGGUUCCUGGAUUUCAAAGUGUUACCUCAAGAGGCAGAAGAAGAAAACAGACUCCUGAUAGUUCAGGAUGCUUCGGAGAGGGCAGCACUUAUACCUGGUGGUCUUUCUGAUGGUCAGUUUUAUUCUCCUCCUGAAUCUGAAGCAGGAUCUGAAGAAGCUGAAGGAAAGCAGGACGGUGAAAAACCACUUCUAGAACUAUGAGUACUACUUUUGUUAAAUGUGAAAAACCCUCAUUGCAAGUCACCGGAGGAAAAAAAGGCUAGAGAUGGGGUCUCCCUGUUGAAGGUUGAAAUGGUGACAUCCACUGCUGACUUCAUUGAACGGCUAAUAAAGAAUUUAUUUACUGUAAUACCUCACAGACACUGUACCACAUCGAUAUACGUUUAGCAGCCUGCCUGUGGCUGCUAAGAUAACGAAAUGAUCCGUCGUGUGUUCAGUGAGACCGAGUCUGAUCUGUUAAUGAAUAGUUGCAGAAAAGUCUUGUGCUGUAUUCCUAAUCAGAAGACUUAUUAAUAUAUUGGAAUAACACUGUUUUAGUAAGCAGAGUAUCUUUUUAUUAUGAUUUGCAGAAUGGAAUUUUUUUGUUUCUUGUCUCAGAUUUCUUUUGUAUUUCUUUUUUAACCCCUAUAUUUCCCUUGUGUUUUUUAAUUCAUGCACAUGCGCUCUUUGUACAAUUUUAAAAAGUAAUAAAAUCCAACAUAUCAAAAUGA